ACGCGCCAGCACGUGGCGGAGGCGUUAUCAGGGGUGUCGGGAGGCGCCGCCAUUUUUUUUAGGCGCGGAGUGGGAGUGGGUGGGGGCAGGCUUGGCAGCAUACACCAUGGACCAGGAGGAUUGGGAUACGGAGAUCGUGGAGGAGGCAGCGCCCGUCCUCCCGCCCUCGGAGGAGAUGGCUGGCUUCUCUCGCAGACCCGACGGCCCCCUGUCUGGCUUCUCUGGCAGACCAAAUGGCCCACCGCCUGGCUUUGGCAGACCAAAUGGCCCACCGCCUGGCUUUGGCAGACCAAACGGCCCGCCGUUUGGCUCUGGCAGACCAAAUGGCCCACCAUCUGGCUUUUCUGUCAGAUCAAACAGCCCCUCGUCUGGAUUCGGUCAAAGCAGAAGCUCAUUUGGUGCUGGUGAAAGACCCAACAGAAGUCAGCACAUGCAGCAUGAUUUUGGAGGACAUUGUAGGAGCAGAGAUACUGGUGAGCAUCUGAACAGAGAUCAGCUGGUGCCUAGAUUUGGUAGUGGAAGGAGCUUUGGGAACAGAGAUUUUCAAGAAAGGGACGUUGAAGAAGAUCCUGGUGCGCAAAAAGGACGUUUUAGAGGAGUUCCUGGUGUCUUCGGGCAAGACAAGAGUAUUAGAAAUGAGCAUAGAGACAAACCUCCACAGGGCAGCUUUCUUGGUCCUAGAGGAAGAGGACAACUUGGAGGUCAUUCAGGUGAUCGUGAUCAUGAAAACAACAUGCAUGCCAUAAGUGAAUGCCAAGGUCCAAAGGUGACUUACAUUCCCCCUCCUCCACCUGAUGAUGAGCAAACCAUCUUUGCACGUUAUCAAACAGGAAUUAAUUUUGACAAGUAUGAUGAAAACAUUGUUGAAGUGUCAGGACUUGACCCUCCAGCACCAUUAAUGUCUUUUGAAGAAGCUAGCCUCUGUCAGACUUUAAACAAGAACAUUGCUAAAGCUGGAUAUUCUAAACUUACACCGGUGCAGAAGUACAGCAUUCCUGUUAUACUGGCAGGGCGGGAUUUAAUGGCAUGUGCCCAAACAGGAUCAGGAAAAACCGCAGCUUUUCUUCUACCAAUUGUGGCCCAGAUGAUGAGAGAUGGCAUAACUGCCAGUAGCUUUAAAAAGCAGCAAGAACCAGAAUGUAUUAUUGUUGCCCCAACUAGAGAACUGAUAAAUCAGAUCUUCCUAGAAGCAAGGAAAUUUCUCUAUGGAACUUGUAUAAGGCCUGUUGUGAUCUAUGGAGGCACACAAACAGGCCAUUCAAUUCGUCAGAUAAUGCAAGGCUGUAAUAUAUUAUGUGCCACUCCAGGAAGGCUUCUAGACAUUAUUGGAAAAGAAAAGAUUGGUUUGUGUGAACUGAAAUACUUGGUGCUAGAUGAAGCAGACCGCAUGCUUGAUAUGGGUUUUGGCUUAGAUAUGAAGAAGCUGAUUUCUUACCCAGACAUGCCAUCAAAAGAAAAGCGCCAAACACUGAUGUUUAGUGCCACUUUCCCUGAAGAAGUUCAGAGGCUGGCUGGCGAAUUUUUGAAAACUGACUAUUUAUUUGUUGUUGUUGGACAUGUGGGUGGAGCCUGCAGUGAUGUUCAGCAAAGUAUUCUUCUGGUUCCCCAGUAUUCCAAGAGGGAAAAGCUGGUAGAAAUUCUACAUACGACAGGUCGUGAACGAACCAUGGUGUUUGUGGAGACAAAGAAAAAAGCAGACUACAUUGCAGCCUUUCUUUGUCAAGAAAACAUACCAGCCACUAGCAUCCAUGGAGAUAGGGAACAGAGAGAGAGAGAGGUAGCUCUUCAGGAUUUUCGCUCUGGCAAAUGUCCAGUUCUGGUGGCAACUUCAGUGGCAGCAAGAGGCCUGGAUAUUGAAAAUGUUCAGCAUGUUAUUAAUUUUGAUCUUCCUUCGACUAUUGAAGUGUAUGUACACCGAAUUGGACGAACUGGUCGUUGCGGAAAUACCGGCAAAGCAAUUUCAUUUUUUGAUAAUGGUUCAGAUGGCCAUCUUGCACAGUCUCUAGUUAAAGUGCUUUCAGAUGCUCAGCAGGAAGUUCCUGUUUGGUUGGAAGAAAUUGCUUUUAGUGUUCAAGGAACAAAUCUCGUUGCAUCUGUUAAUACCCAAAAGAGUUAUGAAGGCGGCAGCAGCAUGAACCCAGAAAGAGAGAGGAUGUCAAGUUCUGCAAGUUCAUUUGAGGCAUGGGAUUAAAGCCAAUUUAGUACCAAACUGUUUUUAUUCUGUUGUGUUUUAAGUGAGCUAUUUUACUUAAUGCUCAUUACUGUUAAGCUUUAUGGAACAUUUGAUGUGUACAAGCUAGCUUGUAUCUUACACUGAUGCUUUCAACAAUGCAUACAUACUCAGUUAUGAUGAACCCAGGGUUGAUUAUAAUUUAAAAUGGCUCUUGCCUUCCUACAUACAGGAAAAAAAAAUUAAGGUAUUUCUUAAGUGUUAAAUGGUUCAGUAGGUGUUUGAUGUUUUGUAGCUAGCAUGUUGCUAUAAUAGGUGGGAUGUGAUUCCUGUUUUGUUUGCAGGUGGAAUUUAGGAGAUCCCUCGAACUUACUGCUUUGUUACUGAAAUUUUGCCUGGGAACAUAGUUCUCUGAAGACCUGUUUUGGGAGAGAGCUUUAUGAAAGGGUGCAUCAAAACUUAAUAUCCCUUCAUUUUUAACAGGUUAGUUUUGAAAUCUGUGCCAAAUGAUGAGGUGACAAUCUUAAGGAGCUGUUAAACACCUUGUAAACAAUUACUUAAUAAAAAUUUGAGGAGUCUUUGUAUGAUACUCACAAACAAAAAACCAACAUGUAUAACUGCAGCUUCGUGAGCUGGUACUUUUUCAACAUGCAUGAAAUGUGUGGUCUCAGUAUGGAACUAAAGAUAAACGGCUACAUCCACAACUUAUUUGAAAUACACUUUAAUACCAAGCAGUCUUUUGAGAAGGAUGGAGCCCAGUGUUGUGUGUAGUAUGUUUUUGCCUUUGACAGACGUGUACUCUUCUGCUAUUUCUUGUGGAAAAGUUUUCUUUAGAGCAAACUUGGUGGCUUGUCUGUAAGAGUUUCCCAGACUUGUAGAAGCUAUGUAAUGUCUGUAAGCAGACAUUAAGCGUUUUACAAAGAGAUUUUCAUAAAGUUGCUUUUUCUUUGAAUUUUCUUUAUUUACCAGCAAAGUAUGCUACAAGGAUGCAUGUCACUGCCCACAGAGGAAAAUGGUAAAUAGUAAUUUGUAAUGUCUUGAACAGCUGAACAAGCUUACAAGCUUCUCAUGUUUGCAGGUAUUCAGCAUACAAUGCUGAGUGGUGUUUGUUGUACGGUCUUCCCUCUUAGUAUAGGGAAAUAAUAUUUCUAAUCUGUGCUUACUGGACUGAAGGUUUAAUGUGUGAAUAUUGGAACUGACUUGGACAGUACUAUGCAAUUUGUUACUGUGGUUGAGCAUGCUGCUGUUCUUUCUGUAUUUCUUCGAAAAAUACUUACUUAAAUACCUGUUUACAAAAUA